AUGCAAUCAUUAAUCUAAGUUUUUCAGCAGAAAAUAUCCUUGUCUGCUUCAUUUGUUAAAUAAUCUACUCCAUAAAUAUUAUUUGGCAUAAGUCUACUUUCUUGUUUAUACCUUUUAAAUAAAUAAUAAAAAGAGGAAAGCCAAGUUGAACCUGAAAAGACUGAAAAAAAAUUAAAAAAAAAAGCAUCCAGCCAAAAAAAUCUGGAUGAGAAUAAGCCACAAUAUGUUGAUGUGAUACAAGAUCUGAAAAAAAGCUAAAAGAAAUUAAACAAAAAAAUUAAUAAGCAAUUCGAUGAUUCAAUUGACAACACAGAAGAAAACAUACCAAGAUCACCUGAUUAUAGUGUGGUUUCUGAAAUAGAUUAGAAAUACUUUUUAGAGCUAAUUCAAAAUUAAAAAAAAACUAAAAGAGCAUACCAAACUGAUUGCGAAUCAACACCUGUAGUAUCAUUAAGAGGAUUCAGGAGAAAUUAGCAAUUAAUAGGAGAAGAAGAGAAAAAAGGGGAAGAUAGAUUGUUUUAUAUUCUGAAAUAACGUGUCAUCGAAUAAGAGGAGAAGGAAAAUGAAAUUGAUGAAGACGAUUAUUGA